UUCCUCAGUGUAUCCCCGAACCGGAAGGUGUAGGGGCAGGGCGACGCACAGAUCCACCCCUUCUGACCCCCCUGGUGUUUGGCCACGUGGGCGCCCAUUCCUCUUGGACCCCGCCCAUUAAAGCGGUUUCGGGGUACGCCUGUAUGGAUAGCUCCCCGAAGUGAAAAAUCGAUUCAGUGACGCAGAGCCUUUCAGGGUUGGCUGGAAGCCAAAGAAGCCCAGCCUCCCGAUGGAGUCUGAAUCCAGCCGAUCUGAAGAGGAGACCCCUUCCCUCUUGUGGGGUUUGGAUCCUGUGUUUCUAGCCUUUGCAAAACUCUACAUCAGGGAUAUCCUGGACUUGAAGGAGUCCUGCCAGGUACCAGGAGUAUUUUUUUACAAUGGGCAUCCAAUAAAACAGGUGGAGAUCUUGGGAACUGUAAUUGGAAGAAGAGAAAAGGAUACUUUCUACAGCUACGGAGUGGAUGACAGCACUGGAGUUAUAAACUGCAUCUGCUGGAAAAAGUCGAACAAUACCGAGUCUUCCUCAGCCCUAUUAACGACAGGUGGUCCAACUAUAGGGGAGCUGAACUUAACCUCACAGCUUAAGAAGCUGCAAGAGACCAUUGAGCAGAGAACAAAGAUAGAAAUUGGGGACAUUAUCCAAAUCAGAGGUUAUAUCCACACAUACAGAGAAGAACGAGAAAUUCGUGUCACUACUUAUUAUAAAGUGGAUGAUCCAGUGUGCAACAUACAAAUUGCAAGGAUGCUUGAGCUGCCCAGUAUCUACAGGAAAGUUUAUGACCAGCCUUUCCAGAGCCCAGCCCUAGAGCAAGAAAGCAGCAAUCCAGGUGCCCUGGACCUUGCCAAUCUCACAUGUUUGCUGAGUGAAAAAGCCAAAGAAUUCCUCGUGGAGAGCAAAGUACAAACCUUUUACCAGCAGGAAUUGGAAACUGUGGAAUCUCUGCUGUCCCUGGCCAGUCAGCCUGUGACUCACAGCUCCUGCUCUGAGCAGGUGGAUGUUAAGAAUGAAACGACUUCCAAGGCAAUUCAUAGUAUAUUUAAGAAUGCUAUACAGCUGCUGCAGGAAAAAGGAUUUGUUUUCCAGAAAGAUGAUGGUUUUGAUAACCUAUACUAUGUAACCAGAGAGGACAAAGAACUGCACAGAAAAAUACACCAUAUCAUUCAAGAAGACUGUCAGAAACCAAAUCACAUAGAGAAGGGCUGCCACUUCCAGCACAUCUUGGCCUGUGCUCGCCUGAGCGUCAGCCCGCGCCUGAGCGAAGCUGUGCUGCAGCAAGUGCUGGAGCUCCUGGAGGACCAGAGUGACAUCAUCAGCACCAUGGAGCACUACUACACAGCCUUCUGAGGAGCCGCCGGCAGAUGGCGUGGGCGGAGCCGGGCCGAGGAAGAGGAAGACCGGGCGGCAAUCACUCCCAGGCUCUGAUUUUAAACAUCACACAGAGGCUGAUAGGUCUGGUGGCAGUUACCUCCUAAGAAACUAUGAAAUAUAGUCAUUUAAGGAAUACAAUUGGGCAUAAAUUCUGUAGGCUGCCCUCUCGCUGCUGUAUCCUUGGGAUAAAGUCACUUCUGUCUCCGCCGUGACAUAGAGGGAAACCUGUCCUGUCGACCUCCUGACUGGACCGGGCGUUGCUCUUGGAGCAGAAGGGGAGGAAACAGUGUUGGCGGCUGAAGCGGGGUACAUGUGGCUUGAGGCCCUAUCAGGGUAAAGGAAUGUCACGUGGUAAAGUGAACUGAAGAGCGUAUAGCCAGAGCACACAGAUCUAAAACCUUCUCGAACUUCAGACCAUCAGCUACAUUCUUGUAGGCCUCUCCCAGUGGUUAAGAACCUAAUGUAGGGGACUUAUUCUUGGAUGAGUAUCACUCACCUAUGAUUGCCAAGGGUCAAGUACCAGUGGUGGGUCCUGAGCCCUCGGAUGAAUGGUGUUUACAGACCCACCCAGAGACGGGAAUAAAUGGAUCUAAGGCAUG